AUGGACGGCAAACCCAUUCGGCCUUCAGAGGACCCCGGUUCUUCUCAUGCAGAAGGACCGGCCCCGGACGCGAACCAGGCAUGUACAAGCUCGGAGCCCGAGUCUGAUAACGAGUCCGACGGAGAAGCCUCAAUAAAAUCCACCCGCUCCUACUCGCCGCUCAGUUUCCAAUAUAUCGAAGAAAAUGGCCGACGGUACUGCGACGAUACAUACUUCAUGCCCAACGAUGAAACCGAGCUUACCCGCCUGAACAUUGUCCACCAAAUCUACCUGAUGGUACUCGAUGGCCGUCUUACUACGGCGCCGGUCAUUUCUAAAAACCCGCGCAUCCUCGAUAUCGGCACCGGCCCCGGCGACUGGGCCAUCGAGAUGAGCGCCGAAUAUCCUGCCGCCACCAUCAUCGCCUCCGACCUAGGCGUCUUCGACUCUGGCCUGGGUCACAUCGCCCUUCCCAACAUCGACUUCCAGCUCGCCGAUGCUCGCACUGAAUGGACCUACCACGAGCCCUUUGACCUCAUCCACAUGCGCGGCCUCUCAGGCGCCUUCCCGGACUGGCACUCCAUCUACCAACAAGCCCACGCCCACCUCAAACCCGGUGGCUACAUCGAGGUUGCCGAUGCCGACCCGGCUGGCGAUACCGUCUCCUUCUCGGCCUCCAGCGCAACUUCCUAUCUGAACAUCUAUGCCGCGGCCCUGCGCGCUGCCGCUACCGAAGUCGGCUACCCCCGCGACCUGCACCACCUGCACCCCGAAGUCCUGACCGCGGCAGGCUUCGUGGACGUGUGCGUGCUGGAGCGCAUGAUUCCCAUCGGCUUAUGGCCGGAAGACCUGCACGAGAAAACAAUGGGUAAGAUGGCGCUGAUCGCGCUGCUGGAGAGCCUGGAGGCGUACGCGCUGCGGCCGCUGACCCGCUCUGGCAAGUACUCACCGGCCGAAGCGCAAGAGCUCUGCGACAACGUGAAGGCUGAAUUGAUGGGGGCGCAGGGGCUGAGGGCACAUGUGCGGGUCGUCACAGCCCGGAAGGCGAUUCCUUUUGCGCAGAAGCGACAGGAGGUAAUGGCGAGGGCGAUGAAAAAAGUGCAGGCACUGAUAACAGAGGACGAGGGGGGUGACAUGACGCCAGGAUUGCCUUGGGAUGCUAAAACGGAGGAGAAGGAAGGUGGAGGGAAUGCAAAGGAGUAA